CGCGUGACUCUCCUCGUCACAUGACGACUACCACGAACCUAGAGAGCGAGCGUAUCAGAGCAGUGAAAAAGUAUAAACAAAAGCUAAUACAGCAACAAGACUACUUUGGGAAUUAACUAGAAAUUAGAAUUUGCGUGUGCAUUGGCGAUGUAUUUCCCAUGCUUGUAAGAAAAAUGAUCAUGAUCUAUUUUCGAGACAUUGGUUCGUGCUGUGCUAGGGGUUAGCUUGUCAGUAAUGUCAUUUUGUGAUGCAAUAUGAUCGUCUGUAAUUUGUUGCAGUGAUUGUUCACGCUGCUUUAAUCAAGGUGUGUCCAGGUCGUGAGGGUCCUAUCUUCUUUGGGGAUGAGCAGCAUGGUUUUGUGUUCUCUCACACGUUCUUCAUCAAGGACAGCCUGGCCCGGGGCUUUCAGCGGUGGUACAGUAUCGUCAUGGUAGCCAUGGACAGGAUCUACCUCAUCAACUCCUGGCCCUUCCUGCUGCGCCACCUCAGACUCACUAUACAGAGUCUACAGAGCACAGCACUGAAGGUGUUUGACAGUGAGCAGUGUGUGUGUCCUCAGAGGGCGGUGAGGAUGAACAGUGUGUUCUCUCCUGCUGUCUUCCCCCACCAGAGGAGUGGUAACGCGGCCCGCUCCCUGCCCUCCCUCACCCAGCACACCAAACUCUGGGCCAGCCUACACUCCUCCUUCAGCUGGUUACUGAAGGCCUGUGGUAGUCGUCUGACAGAGAAGCUGCUGGAGGGAGCUCCCACAGAGGACACACUGGUUCUUGUAGAGAGACAGACCGAGCAAGAGGAGGAAAUGAGUUGCUGGGAAGGAGCAGAAGGGGGCGGGUCUAGACCCCAGUACCACCAAUCGGAAAGCGAGCUGUACAGAGACUUCUUGUUUGACGAGGGGAAAGCAGAGGGGUAUCCUGGUCCAAAGUUCAGGUCCUUGAGACAUUUAAGACAGGUGCUCGGGACCACUAAUUUCCGCCAGCUAGCAUGGCAUGUGCUCAUGGGAAAUCAGGUCAUAUUGAGAGGGGCUGACCCAGGGCUCAUCCAUUCAGCAUUCACCAUGCUGAAGGCCUUGCUCCCGGUGGGCUGUGUCCGCUCUGUGACGUACAGCGCCCAGUAUGAGGAAGCAUACCGAUGUAACUUCCUGGGCCUCAGCCCUGACGUGCCCAUCCCCACACACGUCAGCUCCUCAGAGUUCUCAGUGUUGGUGGAUGUGGUCAGUCUGGAGAGGGGCUCUCUGUACUCUGCUGCUUGUGGUGAAGACAUCCUCUCACUCUAUCAGUUCAACAUCAGCAGUACCAACUCACAGCCUACAGAUAAAGGUCCCACGUUGUUGAAUAAGAUGGAGGUGGCGUUGUCCAAUGAGAACCUGUCAGUGGACGUGGUCUCUCACUGUCUGCUGUGUCUGAAGGAGGAGUGGAUGAAUAAAGUGAAGGUGCUGUUUAAGUUCUCCAAGGUAGAUGGGCGUGGGAGGGAGGACACCCAGAAGGUGUUGGCCCUGCUGGGUGCCACGGGGCCUGGGGAGGAGGACAACGUCAGGCUGCUCAAGUUCUGGAUGACAGGACUCAGCAAAACCUACAAGAGCCAUCUGAUGACCGCUGUCAGAGGAGGGGAGAGGCCCCUUAGCCAGUGAGAGAGCAGUGGAGGAGAAUAUGAGCGGUAGCGGGAGAGACCAUACAGCUGGAGUGAAAUAUACUGUAUCUCAGUAUAGGAGGCUGGUGGGAGGAGGUAUAGGAGGGUGGGCUUAUUGUAAUGGCUGGAAUGGAAUAAAUGGAACGGAAUCAAACGUGAUUUCCAUAUGUUUGAUGUGUUUGACACUGUUCCAUUUAUACCUUUCCAGCCAUGACAAUGAGCCCGUCCUAUAGCUCCUCCCAGCACCCUCUGUGCAUCUACUACUGUAUUUGAACAGACAGAGAGAAAGGGAAAGAAAACGAGUGUGAAUGAGUGAGUAAUGACAGAUAGACUGAAGGAUAUGUUUGUGUCCAGGUGCUGACUUGAUUAAAACCCAUCCUUCACCAUAAAGAACAAAAAUCCACUCCAUGGGUCGGUUUUAAAUUAAUAAUUCAUUCAGAUACAUUACGUAAUAAGUAAUUUGUAUCUUUUUUUUAGUAAUCAAAUGGGAAUUAUUAUAGGAACACUGUCCACAAUUUUAUGUCUAAAUUAUUAUAAAAGUUUCAAUAGUUUUGUUAACACAUUGUACAGAGAUAUUCAAAUAAAAUAACUGCUUGAGCUGAAACUGAAA